GUCAGCUCAUAAUUCCAAUUGAGAUUUAGUUGAAAAUGCAUAAACUUAAGAUAAGUGCAACUGUCGAUUGGUUCCCAAGGAUGGAAGUCAGUCCAAAUCAGAUAAAAUUGCAAAGGAGUCUCAAGCUUUUAUCAAAAUCAACAGGAAGUUCUCCGAACAUCUCACUAAGUCUACCCUGAGAGAUCAUCCUGUUCAUGUGUAGCUGCCACAGUCUAUCGACUGCAUGGGCGUAUCCUAGUCCAAAAGCACCUGUUUUGCGAUCUGUUGCUUUAAUAUGAGGAAUCCCGUGCUCAUCAUAGUAAAUUUUAACACUACCAGAUAGGUGCAGCAGCUCUAUUUCAGCCUGAUUAUGAGGACAGAAGCUUCUAUAAAAGAAGGCUGCUAUAACUAUCAGGAUAGAAAUGAAGUUUAAAAGCCUUGACAUGAU